AUGGGUGCCACUCCGUUCCACCAUUCCAUCCUUGAGGUCCUGUGGCCGAAGCAUUUCGACAAACCAACGGACAUGAGGUAUGACGGGACGCAAGACCCGCAGGAGCACCUAAUGGCCUUCGAGGCCCAAAUGAACCUCGAAGGAGUGAGAGACGAGGCCCGGGGAUAUGGUGGAUCAAUAGCCUCCCGCAGGGUUCUGUGGCCGGUUUUUCGAACAUCAGCCGUGCCUUCUUGGCGCAAUUCACUACCAGAAUCGCAAAAGGCAAAGCACCCAAUCAAUCUCCUCGGCGUGACCCAACGCACCGGGGAGACCACCAGGAAGUAUCUAGAUCGGUUCAACGACGAAUACCUGGAAAUCAAGGGACUAACCGACUCUGUGGCCAACCUUUGUCUAACGAAUGGCCUUCUAAAUGAGGAUUUCCGAAAACAUCUCACCACCAAAUCGGUCUGGACGAUGCACGAGAUCCAGACCAUAGCCAAGGAAUACGUAAAUGAUGAGGAAGUCAGCCGAGUUGUGGCUGCCAACAAACAGCAGCCCUCCUACAAUCAACCCAGGCAACACGGUAAUGGAGAAAGGCAGAAGGACCAAGUCAGAGACGGGGGCCCAAGCAGAGCGCCCAGACCGCCUCCCUGGGUUGAAAAAUUCGCCAACUACACUCCACUCACCCUCCUAUCAUAG